UCCACACUGGAAAUACUCCAAAGCUAUUGCAACCCUUUCGGAUGAUCUGAAAUUCCUGUUUCGGCUCACUUGGUAGCCAGACCCCCACCCUCAGUAACAGAGGGUUAUUCUUCAGAGCUCAUUGUCUCGCUGCAGGGCUGCCUGCUACGCCAGCUGCAAUUCUCUGACUCUUCACUAAGGCUGCCAGGAAUGAACGGGAGGGGGAAGAAGUGGGUGGUAGCAGGAGGCAGGGCCCCCAGGGGGAGCUGGGACCCUGCAGCUCCAGUCUAAGGACGACUUUCUGCCUCUACCUCCUGUUGCUGUGCAUCUGUCCAGAGUUGCCAGGAUGUGUGGCAGGUUCCUGCUUCGGCUGGUGGCUGAGGAGGGUCGGUACGCCACCCCUGUGGGGCGCCUCCUGCUUCCCGUGCUGCUGAGCUUCCGCCUGACGCUGCUGGCCGCCAGCGGGACAGGGGUCUAUGGUGAUGAGCAGAGUGAAUUCGUGUGUCACACGCAACAGCCAGGAUGCAAGGCGGCUUGCUACGACGCCUUCCACCCUCUCUCCCCACUGCGCUUCUGGGCCUUCCAGGUCCUUUUGGUGGCUGUGCCCAGCGCCCUCUACGUGGGCUUCACCCUGUACCAUGUGAUCUGGUGUUGGGAAGAACCGGAGAAGGCCAAGAAGGGGGAGACCCAGGUCCUGGCCAGGGAGAGCAGCAGGGAGCCCUCAGAGGCUGGACGCCCCAGGCUGCUCUGGGCCUAUAUGGCCCAGCUGGGCGUGCGACUGAUCCUAGAGGGCGUAGCUCUGGGGGGGCAGUACCAUCUCUUCGGGUUCAAGGUGCCCAGCUCCGUUGCGUGCCGCCGAGAGCCUUGCCUGGGCAGCAUAACCUGCAAUCUGUCCCGCCCUACCGAGAAGAGCAUCUUCCUGAAGACCAUGUUCGCGGUCAGUGGACUCUGUCUCUCUUUUACUGUUCUGGAGCUGGUGCUUCUGGGCCUGGGGAGAUGGUGGAGGAACUGGAAGCACAAACUUUCCUUUUCUAAGUACUUCCCAACCUCAGGGCGUACCAGAAGACCCAAGGAAGCAAGGGGUAGCCUCCCAGUGGUGGAGCAGCUCCCAGAAGCAGGUGAGAAGGGGGCCGGUGCCCCUCUUUCUUCCCACCCCUGAUGCCUCUGUGCUGCGGGCCUCCCACGGCAGCCGUCGCCCUCGAGAAGCACCGCCCACAGAGCAGACACCGGGACGGGCAGACGGUUCUGACCGCUGCUUCCAAGCCUUCUCCCUCUGUUCCUUCCAGUGACCCCGGACCAGAGCCCUCACUCGAUGCACCUCCUUCCCUUGCAGUAGCACUCUGCCCGUUUAGAAAGUCUCAGUUUCUGGUUGGUGCUCUACUUUGCAGAGUUGUGAAGAAGACACCUGUCUCAACACGGAAGGAAACACUAUGAUUGGCCCAGUGAGUAGGGGUCUAUCUCCAGGACGCAUUCGUGGCUGUUGAACCAUCUGGAAGAGCUAUGCUGUCCAAAACCUCUCCUCGGAGAACUCCUGCUCGAGCUGCUGUCCAGAAUUCCCCGGUGUUGGUGUCUGUUUUCAAGGGCUCCUUCCAGCAUACCCAGUCAGCUCUCAGAAGCAUCCCCAUGGCCGAGUCUUUCCCUGUCCCGCACACUAAGCUUUGACUGUGGUUGGCAAUCCUGUUGCUGAAGACAAUCCUCCUUCCUGUCCUCAUUUUGGUUCUUCUGUGCCUGCAAAUUCUCAACAAAGAGCAAUUACCUA